CUCUAGAUGGCUUCGCGAUCACGGAGCCGCCCAGGCAACGUGUCGUUUGCUUUUCCGACAAAGCGGAAAAAACUCGCGAAAUGGCUUCAAUCCCUUUAUUUUUCGAUCGGUCCCCGUGGCAAAGCGACAGAUUUCACAAAUGACACUAGCAGUGAAGAGGAAGACAUUGCCUCGAUCGAAGUCCGGAAUCCCACUGAUAACCAUCCACGUACGAGUAUGCGCCCACACGAGAGAAGAGAUGACCCACCUGUACGGCCUUCAGACAUGGAUCGCUAUGCCAACCUCCCACCACCUCCACCGCCCCCCCAAUAUGCUAUUUCACCCCAGAUACUGGAUGCGAUGCCAGCAAGGAAACCUGGCGUUCCGACGGAAGGAAUGCCAUCACGUGAAUUCUCCAAAAUUGAAAGACAACAUGAAGCACUGGUGAUAGAAAGGGAGGAUCUUAUGGGUUCUCGAUUUCAGAUGCAGAUGGAUAGACAGAAGAUAUCCGAGACACGGGAGAAAACCAGUAUCCAAGAAGGAUUAGUGAUGGAUCAGUUACGUACCUUCCUACAUAAGCACGCAAUCACCUUGCCCCAAGAUAUAGCGGAAACAUUUGAGCUGAUUGAUGCUUUUCGAGACCGGCUAGGUACACUAGAGGCCGAGUAUGAUGACACGGAACAAAACUACACGCUGAAGGAAUUAAAUUACUCUAGGAAAGAGUCAGAAUUCAUCGAAAAGUUGAAAAGCGUCCACUCAAACAACUCUCCUGUUUCUGGAACUGAGAAAAUUCCGGUAGAUCGGAGUGCCUUGCAAGUAACUCCCGCAACUGCGGAUAGCUGGGAAAUCGUAAACCAGAACAACCAAUUCGCCAAUUCGACUACACAAGAAGAAGCUCUACAACUAGCGUUGCAGCGUCAAGUGAACUCCAAUAUCCAAGAGGAUGACGACUCGUACACGGCAGACUUUCGUCUACUCUCAAACAAUGAACGUAUGGACACGUGGCUCGUUGAUAUUUUGUUUCAGCCCUAUCUACCGAUGAACUAUCCUGAAGACGAGGAACCUAUCAGUGGUCCGACACACGGGUCUCCGCUGAAAGAGAUCCCUGAAGGCUGGCGUUGUAUUUUUGCCUUUGGGGCGCAGUUCGAAAGUAAGAACUUGGAAGGUACCCAUGACAAAUCUCAAGAGCAAGACAUCACAGGAUCUAGUACUAUCUCUCUCUCACAUGAUUAUAUCGCAAUAAGGCGAGAGGAGACGCUUUCCGACAGAUUGCUAGGAGAUUGGACGGGAUUCCAGGGGGGACAAAACAUUAUUCAGAAGGUGCCGCAUCGGAAAUGCCCAUUCAGGAACAACAGCGAAGCCUAUGGUGCCACAGAUCUUGAAAUAUAUGGACCGUUCAUUAGCGAGAGAAGACCCCUAAAAAGGAGCUUCAGUAGCCCGUCGGCACCGCCUGGGCUGCAAGUCUUACGAACACGCAAGUCGUUUCACAGUUUUCCUCACAAUGUGGUAUUCCAGGAUCACCGCGACUCCAAAGUCAGUUCGCAAGGCACACUGAAAAGCGGGACCAGGCCAUUGAGAGUUUCUCGUACGAUAGACGCAUUGCCAGCCACGCGGUCUUGGGGGACUAUCAAGACUCUGAUCGAACCUCGAAUCCCCCAAAGCUUCAACCAUGGAGAUGAACAUCUCACACUAGAAAGAUGUGUUAUUCCCCAUCGAUUCCUCCAUCAUAAUGCUGGGUAGAAUUACCAAGAGACAGUCGAGUCGAGCCAAGGAAAAUCACCUGUCUGCC